AAAGGCUUUCCCCGUGUUACUACCACUGUUCUACUCUAGGGGUUAUGGAGAAGUUCCCCAGGUCUCAGUUUGCCAAGAUACUGCUCUUCCUUCUCCUCCUCCUCACUCCCUUCAUACCCACGUCCCUGAGGCCUUCCUACCUCUACUUCCUCCUCAACAUCCUCAUCGUCGCCCUGGGCGUCGAGGCCGGCUUCCUCAACGCCAUCUCGGGGCCUCCCGAUGAGAAGAAAGCGGCCCCCAUUAUCACUUCUCUGGCUGCACAAGCUCUCCCGGAUAACGGUAGUAGCAGCGGAGUUGACGCUGCCAGCCUGCAUGAAGGAAGAGCACAGCCCGUGAAACCUUUGGAGAAACCAAAGGUGGAGAAGGUGGCUGUGGUUGCCAGGAGGGUGCAGAAGGUGAAGAGGUGCCCGUCGAAGCCGAGCAUUUUUUUCAUCGGCGGUUUCGACGGUGAGGGCGGACUUAAAGAAGAGGGGGAGGAGGAAGACGAGGAAGGGGAGGUGGUGGUGGUCGGACAGCUCAGUAAGCAGGAGCUGUUCGCAAAGGCUGAGACGUUCAUCGGCAACUUCUACCAGCAGCUGAAGAUGCAGAGAGAGGAGUCAUGGAAGAAGAUUCAUGGGCUCUACCAUAGGGCUUUCUAGGGUUUUCAGAGAUCUACCGCCUAUAUAUAUAUAUAUAUAUAUAUAUAUAUAUAUAUAUAUAUAUAUAUAUAUAUAUUAGUUUACGUAGAGAUAACAUAGUAACAUAGUCAUCGUAUAUGCACCAUAAUUUGCAUUUGGUGGGUCGGCAUUGGUGAAGGAAGGAGGGGUCAAGAUAUUUUUCUUUGGCCCCUUUCAAUCUUUCUUUCUUUUUUUUUUAAUCUUUGUGUGAUAUUUGUAUAGAUUGUGGGCUGUUCUCAUGUACUUACUGCUUGUUCUAGUCAAUCUAAAUAUAAAUAUAAAAGGGUGGUGAGUAGUU